GUUAUAUAAAGGAUUUAAUAAAACACCAUAUAGAAACAUGUGCCUUGAGUUUUAUGUUACUGGGCAUGGUGUUUAAGAUAUGUUUAACGCCAGUGUAUGAUUACAAUAGCAAAGUGUCUUUAUGUAUAUUUGGAUUGAGAAUGAAGCAUCUAAGGAAAAUCAUGCUGUCUAUCAUUUUCCUAGCAGUAAUAACAGUGUUCAGCCUCAUCAUGUUAGAAACGACACAAAACGAGCCUCCCAAACCGGCAUACAAGAGUUCAAGGCACUACGGUGACAUCCAUCCACAUUUCGUUGCAAUUUCCGAUAGCCGUGUUACGAUAGAACAGCAUUUGGAUGAACACAGAUCGAAGGGGAUUCUAGAGGCUCGUUUUUCAAUGCCCCAAUCUGGCAAAUUCAAAGACGUUACUUCAAGUCGAGAUGAUUAUUUCAUCCACAUUGCCACAGAGUACAAUAUCAAAACGUUGCUUUUUCAAAUAAUGGAUUCUGACAAAGAUGGACAUGAUGUAUUUCAAUGGAUAGGAAGCAAAUCAUUGUGUACGGCACUUGCCAAUUAUAAAGGCAAUAUAAGAUAUUCCAACUCCUGUACUACAAAUAUAGAGAAGACCUUUUCUGCACAGAGACCUGAGCCCAAACUGCGAUUCAAAUUACCACUAAAUUAUAAACUUACAAAGGAAGUAUUCCAAUUGGGGACAGUAUCUAGUUUCAUUCAUUUAAUACAAAAUGGAAUCAUCUCGAAUGAUGGUGUAGUUUUUGUCGGCGACCUGCAAGUUAUACCAUAUAGUUGUCUCGCCAGACCCGAGGCGAUUCAAGCUUCCAAAAAGCAUUUUAUCACGACUAUCAAAGAUAAACUGGAUAAAUUGCCCCGUUACAGAGAAGUAUUUGUAAUAACACAAUUUUGGUCAGCAGCGUUUUACCACGGAAUGGUGGAAUCUCUACCAAGACUAUCACGGUAUAUUGGAUUUAUAGACCAGCGCACUGAGAUCAAAAUAUAUGUCGCUUGCACUGCGUUCAUGAAUUCUUCACUCCAGAC